GCGUGCUGCGGUCUCUUCCUGCAGUGGUGUGUUGGUGUGGAGAGUUUCCUCCUCCUCCUCUCUGCAUACUCCAGUCUCUGAAACAGUGACAAGGCUUCACCACCUGAGUGGAAGAAGGAGUUUACAUCAUGGCGUUGAACCUCACUAUCAACACGAGCAACCCGCCUCUAGGUGCGCUGCUGGCAGCCGAGCAUCUGAAGGGCAGUGUCCAGGUGUCGGUGGAGGAAGGCAAAGACAACCGCCUUCAAGUCUCAGAUGCGAUCCAGUUCAAUGAUGCCAACUCCAUCAGUCGGUACUUGGCCCGUGUGGCUCCUGCUCUUGGCCUCUACGGAGCCAACAUGAUGGAGCAGACUGAGGUUGACCACUGGUUGGAGUUCAGCGCUCGCUGUCUGUGUGGCCAGCCCAGUUUGACCGUGGGGCUGGGGGAACUGGAUCUGGCCCUUUCCCUGCGCACAUUCCUGGUUGGACAUGCCCUCACCCUGGCGGAUCUCUCUGUCUGGGCUGCCCUGAAAGGUCAUGAGGGAUGGCCAAGCCAGGGCAAAUCCUUCUCCCACGUCAAUCGCUGGUUCUCCUUCCUGAGCUCACAGGUUGCCUUCACUGCAGUGGACAACAAGUACACCACUAAGAAAGCCUCAACGACCAAAUCCAAUUCGAGCGAAAAGAAGGCGGAUGUCGGAAAGUUUGUUGAAUUGCCAGGAGCUGAGAUGGGCAAAGUGGUAGUUCGAUUCCCUCCUGAGGCCAGCGGAUACCUGCACAUUGGCCAUGCCAAGGCUGCUCUGCUCAACCAGCACUACCAGCUCACAUUCAAAGGCAAGCUCAUCAUGCGCUUUGACGACACCAACCCAGAGAAGGAAAAGGAGGACUUUGAGAAGGUGAUCCUAGAAGAUGUCGCAAUGCUCCAGAUUAAACCCGACCAGUUCACCUACACCAGCGACCAUUUCCCCAUCAUAAUGCGAUUUGCUGAACAGAUGCUAACUGAGGGCAAGGCCUACAUCGACAACACCCCCCAUGAGCAGAUGAAGCUGGAGAGGGAGCAGCGCACUGAGUCCAGCUGCAGAAAUAACACGGUGGAGCAGAACAUGAAGAUGUGGUCUGAAAUGAAAGCUGGAACAGAGAGUGGUCAGGCUUGCUGCAUGAGGGCCAAGAUUGACAUGAAGUCCAACAACGGCUGCAUGAGAGAUCCCUGCCUGUACCGCUGCAAGACGGCUAGCCACCCCCGCACUGGAAACACCUACAACGUCUACCCAACAUACGACUUUGCCUGCCCCAUCGUGGACAGCUUGGAGGGUGUGACCCAUGCUCUUAGGACCACCGAGUACCAUGACCGGGACGAUCAGUUCUACUGGAUAAUCGAUGCCUUGCGGAUGAGAAAACCCUACAUUUGGGAGUAUGCCAGACUCAACCUCAAUAACACAGUGCUGUCGAAGAGAAAGCUAACCUGGUUUGUCGAUCAAGGAUAUGUCGAUGGAUGGGAUGACCCUCGCUUCCCCACUGUCAGAGGAAUCCUGAGGAGAGGAAUGACUGUGGAGGGUCUGAAACAGUUCAUAGCAGCCCAGGGAGGGUCAAGAUCAGUGGUGAACAUGGAGUGGGACAAGAUCUGGGCUUUCAAUAAGAAGGUGAUUGAUCCAGUAGCCCCCAGAUACACAGCUCUGUCCACCUCCUAUGUGGUUCCUGUUUCUAUCUCAGAGGCAAAGGAGGAGAUGAAGGAAGUGGCCAAACACCCAAAGAACACAGAGGUGGGCAUGAAGGAGGUCUGGUACGGACCCCGAGUUCUGAUUGAAGGAGCAGAUGCUGAGACUUUCUCAGAGGGGGAGAUGGUCACCUUCAUCAACUGGGGCAACCUCAUUAUCACCAAGAUCAACAAAGCGGCUGACGGUAAAGUUGUGUCCAUGGAGGCUCGUCUGAACCUGGACAACAAGGACUACAAGAAGACAACAAAGAUCACAUGGCUGGCUGAUACAACCAGCGCCCCGCUUCUGCCCACCCUCUGCAUCAUCUACCUGCCUCUCAUCUCCAAAGCUGUCAUCGCCAAAGAGGACGACUUCAAAGAAUACAUUAAUAAAAACAGCAAGUUGGAAGAGAAGAUGCUUGGAGAUCCCUGUCUGAAGAACCUGAAGAAAGGCGACAUCAUCCAGCUCCAGAGACGAGGCUUUUACAUCUGCGACCAGCCUUAUGAGCCAGUCAGCCCUAACAGCUGUAAGGAGAGCCCCUGUGUCCUGCUCUACAUUCCUGAUGGUCACACCAAGGAGAUGCCGACUGCUGGAUCCAAGGACAAAGGCAAGAGCCAGACCUCCAGCAAAACACCCACCACCACCACCAAGGCUGCCUCUAAGUCUGCCCAAGCACCUGCCCCUAAGUCUGCCCAAGCACCGGCCUCAGCCUCAGCUGGUGACCUGCUCUCCAGCAUUGUAGCACAAGGUGAAGCUGUCCGCCAGCUAAAGACUGCCAAAGCCCCUAAAACUGAUGUGGACAAGGCCAUUCAGCAGCUGCUCUCUCUCAAGGCUCAGUUUAAAGAGCAGACAGGUAUGGACUACAAGCCAGGUAUGGCCCCUCCCACCUCAGCUCCAACACCACCCAUAUCUUCAUCAGACCCCACCUCCUGUCCGUUCACCCGAGUGACCCAGCAGGGUGAGCUGGUCAGGAAACUGAAGGCAGAGCAGGCACCCAAGGACCAGAUUGACGUAGCGGUGAAGCAACUCCUCGCUCUAAAGGCGGAGUUUAAAAAGAUGACUGGUCAGGAUUACAAACCAGGGAUGGCCCCGCCCACUGCCGCCGCUCCCCCUGCUCCUUCCCCUGUGACCAACUCUUCUUCAGGUCUUUAUGAGCGCGUUUCACAGCAGGGGGAGGUCGUGAGGAAACUGAAGUCUGAGAAAGCCCCCAAGGAUCAGGUCGAUGCUGCAGUGAAGCAGCUGCUUGCCCUGAAGGCAGAGUACAAACAGCUCACAGGUCAGGACUACAAGCCGGGGGCCGCUCCAGUUCAGAAAACCCCUGCUCCUGUCCCGAGCAGCCCCAGCCCUGCACCUGCUGCCACCGGCAUCCACGAGAAGGUUGCUGAACAGGGAGAAAUGGUUAGAAAACUGAAGACUGAAAAAGCUCCCAAGGAUCAGGUAGAUGCUGCAGUGAAGCAACUGCUUGCCCUGAAGGCUGAGUACAAACAGCUCACAGGUCAGGACUACAAGCCGGGGGCCGCUCCUGUUCAGAAAACCCCUGCUCCUGUCCCGAGCAGCCCCAGCCCUGCACCUGCUGCCACCGGCAUCCACGAGAAGAUUGCUGAACAGGGAGAAAUGGUUAGAAAACUGAAGACUGAAAAAGCUCCCAAGGAUCAGGUAGAUGCUGCAGUGAAGCAACUGCUUGCCCUGAAGGCUGAGUACAAACAGCUCACAGGUCAGGACUACAAGCCGGGGGCCGCUCCUGUUCAGAAAACCCCUGCUCCUGUCCCGAGCAGCCCCAGCCCUGCACCUGCUGCCACCGGCAUCCACGAGAAGGUUGCUGAACAGGGAGAAAUGGUCAGGAAACUGAAGACUGAAAAAGCUCCCAAGGAUCAGGUAGAUGCUGCAGUGAAGCAGCUGCUGGCUCUAAAGGCAGAGUACAAACAGCAGACUGGAAAGGAUUACAAACCAGGAGCCCCAGCUACUCCUGCCCAGACCAGCUCCUCCUCCACCAAGUCCAGUUCUUGUCCACAGUCCCCGGAGCUGUUCUCACAGGUGUCCCAACAGGGAGAGCUGGUGAGAAAGUUGAAGUCUGAGAAGGCCCCCAAGGAUCAGGUGGAUGAAGCUGUGAAGAGUCUUCUGGACCUGAAGAACAAGUACAAGACUCUUACGGGAGAGGACUACAAACCAGUGGCUGCUGCUGGAGGUCCUGGCGGAGAGGACAAAAACCGCAAGGAGAAGGAGAACAAGUCUGAGAAGCAGGGAGGUGGAGCUGGAGGUGGAAAGAAGAGUAAAGGAGAGAAGGCCGGGCAAGGCAAAGAGUCUGCAGGAGGAGCUGGAGGAGCAGGAGAUGGUCAAGGAGCCAAGAAACAAACACGGUUGGGCUUGGAGGCUAAGAAAGAGGAGAACCUGGCUGACUGGUACUCUCAGGUCAUUACUAAAGCAGAGAUGAUUGAGUAUUAUGAUGUUAGCGGCUGCUACGUGCUGCGGCCCUGGGCCUUCUCCAUCUGGGAGUCGAUUAAAGAGUUCUUUGACCGGGAAAUUAAGAAACUUGGUGUGGAGAACUGCUACUUCCCCAUGUUCGUUUCUCAAGCUGCACUCGAGAAGGAAAAGUCCCACAUCGCAGACUUUGCUCCAGAGGUUGCAUGGGUAACCCGGUCAGGAAAAACCGAGCUGGCAGAGCCCAUUGCUGUCAGACCCACCAGUGAGACAGCGAUGUAUCCGGCAUACGCUAAAUGGGUCCAGUCCCACAGAGACCUGCCAAUCAAACUCAACCAGUGGUGUAAUGUUGUGAGAUGGGAGUUCAAACACCCUCAGCCUUUCCUGAGGACAAGAGAGUUCCUGUGGCAGGAGGGACAUUCAGCAUUUGCCACCCAAGAGGAGGCUGCUGAGGAGGUGCUUCAGAUCCUGGAUCUGUAUGCCAGGGUGUAUGAAGAGCUGAUGGCGAUCCCUGUGGUGAAGGGGAGGAAGACGGAGAAGGAGAAGUUUGCAGGAGGAGAUUACACCACGACUGUGGAGGCUUUCAUCUCUGCCAGUGGGCGAGCCAUUCAGGGUGCUACAUCUCACCACCUUGGCCAGAACUUCUCCAAGAUGUUUGAGAUCGUUUUUGAGGAUCCCAAGAGGCCGGGCGAGAAGCAGUUUGCUUUCCAGAACUCCUGGGGGCUCACAACCAGAACCAUCGGUGUCCUCACCAUGGUCCAUGGAGACAACAUGGGACUUAUACUGCCACCCAGGGUCGCCUGCCUGCAGGUGGUCAUAAUCCCAUGUGGAAUCACUGCCUCUCUACCAGAGGCCGAGAAGGAGGUGCUGUUGGCCCAGUGCGCCAAAUACCUGAGCAGGCUGCUGGACGCUGGCAUCAGGGUGAAGUCUGACAUCCGAGAUAACUACUCCCCAGGAUGGAAGUUCAACCACUGGGAACUCAAGGGAGUUCCUAUUCGUCUGGAGGUUGGCCCUAAAGACAUGCAGCAGCGUCAGUGCGUUGCAGUGAGGAGAGACUCUGGUGCAAAAGUGACGAUUCCAGAGGCAGAGGCAGAGACAAAGCUGGCAGCCAUGCUGGAGGACAUCCAGACCUGCCUGUUCAAAAAAGCUUCAGAUGACCUGAACAGUCACAUGGUGGUUGCGCACUCGAUGGAGGAGUUCCAGAAAGAGUUGGACCAGGGCAAGAUUGUGCAGAUCCCAUUCUGUGGAGAAAUCGAUUGCGAGGAUUCCAUCAAGAAAACCACUACCAAGGACCAGGACCUGGAGCCUGGAGCUCCAUCCAUGGGAGCCAAGAGCCUCUGUAUUCCCUUCUCUCCCCUGAAGACGCUGCAGCCUGGUCAAGUGUGCGUCAACUGCAACAAGCCGGCCAAGUACUACACCAUGUUUGGACGCAGCUACUGAGAACAUGGAGGAUGAGGAUAAUAGUUCCUAGCCUUUCCGUUUUUUUUAAUCUCCUGUUGGUGUCUGGGUUAUUAGGGAUAUGGCUGUAACUGGAUGGUGGUUUUGUUUCUGUAUUUCUUUCACAUGUCAAUAUUGUUGCAAUGCAUCUGAAAGGAUGUGAGGUUGAGAAAAAAGUUCUCUUUAUUACGUUCUGAGAGUAAGGACUGGUGCAGUUUCUCCCCUCCUCUCUAUCCAAAAGAAUGGAAGUCACCAACAGUAACCUGUCGCAUAAUAACUCCUCCCUGUCGGGCAGGUUUGUCAUCAUAUAACAUGUCAUCUGUUGGAGUCCUUCUAAAUACCACUAUUUAAAUUGUAAGAGCAGCUGCUGGAUUUGGAAAUGUCUAAAUUAUUGCUCUAUUUUUUGAAUUUUUUAUAACCCCAAUUAAAAAAAAUUAUGUUUAGUGUUCUUUUUAAUAUCAUAUUUUUGUCAGCAUUGAUAAAUUGAGAGGCCUUUUUGAAAUCUGUCAAAACCCAAAACGUGAACCAAUGGAGAGGGGAAAAAAACAUCCUGAGUAACAUAUUGUCAUCAUCUUUCUGGGUAGAAGCUCUCUUUACUUACCUUCCCUCGCGUUUCUCACAGCCACUCUGUCUCAGGAACUCCAGGUAUUCAGGCUUGUAGGUGGGGUGUUACUCUCACAGAUCUGUCAGACGCCCUCCCUCUGUUUGUAUGACUGGUUUCAGACUGUGGCUCAAUACAAAUCCUACAGCUGUGAGGAACUCUGUGUGAGCACAAUACCAAGUAAUGUGGCCUUCUGCCACAUCUCUCCUGUGAAAGAAUUCUACAACUUGUCUAUAAUAAUAAAAUUAUAAUAAACAAGAA